CUUUAGCCGUUGGGAUUGAUGUGUCAACCGCAUAACGGCUUUUUUGUAUCUUUCUAUUCAACGGUGCUGCAAAGUCACAGCUACGAUGAAUCACAACUAUACCAAGAGUAUGAUGAUCGGCUUGGGCGUCGCCUUCCUCAUUCUUCCCUUGGUAUUUGUAUGUCUCCGCCUAUGGGCGAAGAGGUUGAUCAAGCGCAUCGGCUGGGAUGACUAUCUGACGAUCGCCGCGCUCGCUGUGUCUAUGACAUGCUGUGUAUUGCAAAUAGCUACGGCGAUACAUGGCUAUUUGGGUUCGCACCAACCUCUAGACGCCAAUGGCCAGCCGAUCAUGGAUGAUCCAGGACUGAUCUUCUUCGAGCAAACAAAAUUUGCUCUCAACAUGAUAUCCAUCAUAGGACUCGGGCUGGUCAAAUCGUCCAUCUUAGUCCUAUACAAGAACAUUUUCGCUGUGCGAAAAUUUCAGAUCGUCGUCUACUGUGCGCUUGCGUACGUGAUCGGCUGGACAGUCAGCUUCUCGAUCUCGCAUCUCUUCACCUGCUACCCGAUCACGGUCUUCAUCGAACCAUAUUAUGGUAACAAAUGUGUUAAGACGGUGCCUAUGUUCUUAGCCUUACUAUACACUGACGUUAUCGCGGAUAUUGCGAUUCUUAUACUUCCCAUUCCAGUAGUUCUGAACGUGAAAAUGGAGGCCAAGAAGAAGCUGGCUGUGAUUGCAAUGUUCACAUUGGGUACUGCUGUGUGUGCCGUGAGUAUUACUCGUGUCGUAGCCACCUAUUCCAUCGCCGGCCUGUACAUCAAGCAUCCCGACGACGUCAUCUAUUACACAGCUCCUGUCUUCUUUUGGACAAACAUCGAGCUUUCCCUAGGGAUUGUCUGCGCGUGCCUGCCAACCCUGCGGCCGAUAUGGUUAUACUUCUAUCCUAGACAAGUGUCGAAGACAGGCACAGGCUAUGGAUACGGAUCAUCAGGCAUGAACGGGACGAAGAACAGCAGUUUCGGGGGCAGCUUAGUCCGUACGCCAUACAAGGAGCUUGACGAGAUGGAGCUCACGCGCAUCGAGCAUCCGCCCCAGACGCCUCCCGAGGACCAAUUCUCGCAUUCGGGAGGAGGAAUACUGAAGGCUACUACGAUUCAUCAGACAUUGGGAUAACUUGCUCCUGCGUGGGAAGGGUCUGGAACACUUCACCUCGCUUGUAGAGUUGCAAAGCUUCGUCAUGUCGAGACUCACGGCUUACGCACGACGCUAGGGAAUCAGGUUACUCGUAUCGGUCCUACCCAAGGCUAUCAGUUUGACCGUUCAAUGCAUGAUAGCGUAGAAUAUGAUGAAGGGAUCACCUGGGCAGCAAGCAGCCGUGCAAAGCCCGCCAAUCUGGUUUUCUCAAUCUAUUGGAGCCGCUAAGCCUGUAUCCUGGUACAUCGUGCGUGAAUGAAAUUGCGGCGCACUUCCUCAUUCCAAGCCGAGAAUACGUCUUCCAACAUGACGCGAUGAUUUCUCAAGAAGCGAAUGACGCAAACUAAUCCAAGGCGAUACUUCGAGUGUCGAAGUUAAGCGA